ACUUAUUUCACACUGGACACAGAACCAUAAAAAUUGUAUCCACAAUGGUAUUCUGUUGCAGCUAGCGAUAUUCACAAAAUAAUGAUUUUACUACUAUUACUAGAAGUGGACUAUUCUGUUUUGGCCCAGAUGCUUGGCGAACGUUGCUUCAUUGGUCACGUGGUUAAAGCAUCAUUCUGUUAGGCAGCUGGCUACAUACUAGCAGCGCGUUUUCAAUAUGAAGCAUCAUCGCGAUUGCUGCGCAAUUUGACUGCAAGCCUUUCCUCCCGUUUCCAACUGGACAGCUCUCCAAACGCACAGGUUAUGCCACCCCACAGGCUUCCUGGAACCCCCACUGUGAAAGAGAAGGGCUGAUCCCCAGUCCUCAAGCUCUAGCUACUCUCCUCCCACCCCCACUCCCAGACCCCGGCCCCAUGGCUGCAGGAGGCCAUGGCGCUGCCAAGGAUGUGUUGAUCAACCUGCAUCAGAUUAGUGUGAAAGAAGAGGAGGAGGAGGAUGAGGACUUUUCCACAGAGGAGCAGGAGGAGGACGAGGACUGGGAGAAUGCAUUAUCAGUGGAGAGGUUCGGGAACAUCAUCACUGACUCCGCGAUCAGUGGCGGAGAAAAAAUGGGCCGCAACUACAACGAGAAGGAUUUUGAGUAUCACCGGCACACCUUUCACCACACCCACCACCCGCUGUCCACCCAUCUACCCCCACCCCAGCGCCUACGCAAGCGGGUGCUCAGCAUGGACCGCAAACGCCGGCGCAAGAAGAAGCGCAAGAACAAAAAGACCUCCAUGGCGCCCUCAGAGGUCACACCCACCAUCCAUGAGGUAGACGAGGAGGAGGAGUCUGAGACAGAGGGGAGGGACCUGGCAGCCACGCCCACCGAGCAGCCCGACGACCAACAGCAGUUUAGCCUGGGGAGUGAGGAGAAUUUGGAGCCGACCGUCCCGCUAACUUCCUUCCACAUGGAGAGCGAACAACAACAUCCGCCGCUGGAGAAGGCCACACUGGCCACGGCAGAGGUGGUGGAGGGGGAGUUGGAAGAGGCGCAACAGGACAUUCGGGAGCAACCAGAGGAUGAGGAGGGUGAUGAAGAGCCCACCAACAGCAUGAACACCCGUGGCUGGUUCAGGAGGAAUCCUCUCCACCCUGCACCGCGGACCAGUUACGACAUGCGGGAGCGCGUCUGUAUCGGCAGCAUGACAGCCGUGGAAACAGCCGUGUACCGGAAGGUGCCCACCGACGAGGCUGAGGCUCAGAUGUUGGCUAGCGCCGAUCUGGACGACAUGAAGAGUCACCGAUUCGAGGACAACCCUGGGAUGAGGCGUCAUCUGGUGAAGAAGUCGUCUCGAUGCCAGCUCACUCAGAACAGCAAAAGCUCUCCGCCCCAGUCCAGCCUGAAGAGGAAGAAGAGGGUGGCUGACAAGAAGACCCAUGAGGUGUUUGUGGAGCUCAACGAGCUGAUAGUGGAUAAGAAUCAGAAGAUGCGCUGGAAGGAGACGGCUCGUUGGAUCAAGUUUGAGGAGGACGUGGAGGAGGAGACAGACCGCUGGGGGAAACCCCAUGUGGCUUCACUCUCCUUCCGCAGCCUGCUGGAGCUUCGCAGGACCAUCACACAUGGUGUGGUCCUGUUGGACCUGGAGCAGACCACUCUGCCUGGCAUUGCCAACCUGGUGGUGGAGACCAUGAUCAUCUCAGAACAGAUCAGAGCGGAGGACCGGGCCAACGUGCUCCGUGCCCUGCUGCUCAAACACCACCACCCCAACGACGAAAAGGAGGGCCUUUUCCACCGCAACCACUCUACUAAAAGCCUUCACGGCAGCUUCCAACGCAACCACAACCACGUUCCCGACACCACGGUGCCCCUAGUGGCUGAAGAUCCUACAGAGGCCCUCCACCAUGAAAAGAAGCAGCAGAGCAGAGAUGUGUUUAAAUCACUCCAUCCCCCCCUGCCGAUGGCUCUCCAACAACAGGUUACCAAACACACAAAACUCCUAGCCAAGAUUCCCAAGGAUGCAGAAGCAACCGUGGUCUUAGUGGGUUGCGUGGAGUUCCUGGAGCAGCCAGCCAUGGCCUUCAUCAGGCUGAGUGAGGCAGUCCUGCUGGAGUCGGUCCUGGAGGUGCCGGUGCCGGUUCGUUUCCUCUUUGCACUGCUUGGACCCGCUCAGUCCAACAUGGACUACCAUGAGAUUGGACGCUCCUUCUCCACCCUCAUGUCUGACAAGAACUUCCACGAGGUGGCCUACUUUGCGGACGACCGGCAGGACCUGCUGAACGGAAUUAAUGAGUUCCUGGACUGCAGCAUCGUCAUCCCCCCGUCGGACGUGGAGGGAAAGGACCUGCUGAAGACAGUGGCCUCCUUCCAGAAACAGAUGCUGCGAAAGAGGAAGGAGAGAGAGAACAUCAAGACCCACACCACCCCCUGGACAGACCAGGAGACCAAAGAGGUGAGCCAGGAUGAGCAGGAAGAGGAGGAGGACCAGGAGGUGGACCCCAUGAAGAGGUCGGGCAUCCCCUUCGGAGGCCUCAUCCAUGACAUCAGGCGGCGCUACCCGCGCUACGCCAGCGACAUAAAGGAUGCCUUGGACUCACAGUGCAUCGCCGCUGUCAUUUUCAUCUACUUCGCCGCCCUCUCACCCACAAUCACCUUUGGAGGGCUGCUGGGAGAGAAAACAGAGGGCAUGAUGGGAGUGUCGGAGCUCAUCAUCUCCACAGCGACCCUGGGGGUACUUUUCUCUCUGAUGGCCGGACAGCCCCUCCUCAUCAUCGGCUUCUCAGGACCCCUGCUGGUGUUUGAGGAGGCCUUCUACAAGUUCUGCCAGGCCCAGGGCUUUGAGUACCUGACGGGCCGGGUGUGGGUCGGCUUCUGGCUCGUCUUCAUAGUGCUGUUGAUAGUGGCGGCCGAGGGAAGCUUCUUGGUUAAAUACAUCUCACCCUUCACCCAGGAAAUAUUUGCCUUCCUCAUCUCACUCAUCUUCAUCUACGAGACCUUCUCCAAGCUCAUCAAGGUAUUCCAGGAGCAUCCUCUGAUGAGAAGCUACCCGCCUGCCUUUGGCCUUCCCGGCAUGGAGUUCACCAACCCCACAGACCCCCAUGGCCCCAUCCUAAACCAACCCAACACGGCCCUGAUGUCUUUCAUCCUCAUGCUUGGUACCUUCUUUGUGGCCUACUUCCUUAGGAAAUUGCGCAACAGUCGAUUCCUGGGUGGGAAGGCCAGAAGAAUCAUCGGAGACUUUGGCAUCCCCAUCUCCAUCCUGUUCUCUGUACUGUUGAGUUACUCUGUCCCCGACACAUAUACCCAGAAGCUGAAUGUACCGUCUGGUUUCUCGGUCACGUCUCCUGACAAGCGGGGCUGGUUCAUCAGUCCGUUCGGCGACCUCAAGCCCUUCCCCGCGUGGAUGAUGGGGGCAUCGGUGGUGCCUGCCCUCCUCGUCUUCAUCCUCAUCUUCAUGGAGACACAGAUCACCUCACUCAUCGUCAGCAAGAAGGAGCGUCGACUGGUCAAGGGCUCUGGCUUCCACCUGGACCUGCUGCUCAUCGUCACGCUGGGCGCCAUGUGCCCUCUGUUAGGCCUGCCCUGGCUCACCGCCGCCACGGUGCGCUCUGUCACGCACGUCAACGCCCUUACUGUCAUGAGCAAGGCCACAGCGCCCGGCGAGAAGCCUGUGAUCCAGGAGGUGAAGGAGCAGCGGUUGACGGGCCUUGUAGUUGCCGUGCUCGUGGGGAUGUCCCUCGUGAUGACAGAUGUGCUUCGUCACAUUCCGCUGGCCGUGUUGUUCGGGAUCUUCCUCUACAUGGGCGUCACGUCAAUCACCGGCAUCCAGCUCUACGAGCGCAUCACUCUCAUGUUCACGCCCGCCAAGCACCACCCCGAUCACAUAUAUGUGACCAAGGUGAAGACGUGGCGUAUGAACAUGUUCACCAUCAUCCAGCUGGCCUGCAUCAUGUUGCUGUGGGUGGUCAAGUCCACCGUGGUCUCGCUCGCCUUCCCCUUCAUCCUCAUCAUGACCGUGCCGCUCCGCCGCCUCAUCCUCUCCCGGAUCUUUGAGGAGCGUGAGCUCCAGGCGCUCGACGGGGAAGAUGAGUCAUCCCCCAACUUUGACGAGGAUGGUCGGGACGAGUAUAAUGAGAUUCACAUGCUUGUGUAGACACGUGACACGGGGGGGCCCAAUAGGCUCUCUCUGUCUUCCAACACGAACCAAUUACGAGCAAGCUUCUUUGGAAGGCAAACCUUAUAAUGUCUGGGUAGCUGUGUUUUUCAACCCCCCCCACAGAUGUGCUGAGGGUAGAAUAUUUGUCCAACAGAGAAACAUUAUGUAUACAUAUAUAUAUUAUAUGUGUAUAUUACUGUGUGUACGUAUAUAUUCAAAUCUUGCUCCUCUUUGAUCUAAAAAUGCUGUAAAGGAAUAACCCCACUGUUAUGAUUUAUUUCUGUGUGUCCUGCUCCAACUAUAGAUGUUUUCUCCCAGAAGGUCUGGGAGACUCUACUGCCCUACUGUGACAGUGUGGGUGAGGAAUCCUAAAGUAUGUGACAUGGACAAUGCACCAUGUCAACACAGACCAGUCAUUUAAAAACCCUCCUCCCUACACAAACUCUGGACAUGGGUUCCUCCCCAUUUCCUUUAACGGUCAAGCUCACUACAGAUUCCAGGCGUACGUGUAAUGUCGACAACCCCAAGGAUUCCAGUAGGUUGGUUUCCUCGCCCAUAUUUUUGGGGCACCGGUGGGAUGAACACUGGUUGUACGACAGCCUCACAGGUUUCACCAGGAGCCAAUACUCCACUGCCUGCUCAGCGUAACUGCCUUCCCCCUCUUCUUCAUACUGUAGGCCUUAUCAGUGCAGUUUGACGUCGUCGCUAACCAAACAGUAUGACGUUCCCUAUUAUUUGUUUUUCGUUGUUUGCUACUCACAGGACACGUUCAUCUUUGACCUUUGCGAUUCACCUGCACUGCCACACCAAGAACAGAAGAAGAAUCAUUGGAUGAGACCUCUCAAUGCAUUUCCUCUGAAACGAAGAUGCACUGAGUACUGUGUAUGUGUUGGAGCAGUUUUUACGUUAUGUGGUAUAUUCUGCAUUUACAUGCCAGUCCAAUGAUGUCACUGUGGAUGUAUAUGUGAACACAUUGUGAUCUGCUGACCUUGAAUACAUUUAAAUUGUUUAUUUAGUAUUUGUGACCAUACGAAUGAAAUGUUAUCCUACCUAUUUAUUUACAAUUUUGUUUUAGUUGCCAAAAUUCUAUGAACCCAUAUUGACAUAUGGGAUGCUUUUUCUAAAUGUCUGUUUGUUCAAUUAAUAACUUUAUUUGACACCUUUGUCACAGUCACUGGAAUUAUGCCACAGUUAUCAAAAUCACUGUGUCGCACCACUGUCAUUGUGUACUUCCUUGUUCUGAGGACAACUGUUGGAUGUGAAUGGUACUGAAGCUUCAUAUGAACCCUUGAACUGCAAACAGAUCAUUGACCAGUAGUUUGUUGUUCCUGUUGUGAACACAAAUCAGUCAUGACAUUUUGAAAUGUUUUUCAAGUUAUACACAGUUGGUUCAGAAGGGAUGCUAUACAACUUAGCAUUAGUUUAACAUGUAAAGUCACUGGAAUGGACUCUUUGACACAAGGUUCAGAGUUUAUACCCCACACAGGAUGUCUGUGUAUUUAAAAUGUAAGUUUUCAUGAGCUGUGUUGCAGAACCAUUUUUGACUGGUUGUAUUAACGCUAGAUGCUAGGAUUGGAGAGUUAUUGAAUGCAUUUUGUGUAUGGACAACCUACUUAGCCCCACACCAUGUGAGACUUAUUGAAUGUAUAGGCAUACCCAAUGGGCACACACUGGUUGCGACAACAUUGUUUGACGAACGUGGAAUAGACAUUGUAUUGCGUUCAGGGGACAGAAGAAAGACCGACACUAAAAAAUCAUCCUCAGGCAUCGGGGGAAAAAAGUAAGAAUUGGAAUUGUGGUUAUUAUUCAAGAGGAUAUAAGGGUUGUUCUGUCAGUAUUCUCUUUGUGUUGGAACAGGGACAAGAAAAUCAAAUGGGUAUGGGGCUGGGGAAAAGCCCUGGCAUGUUAGACGUUGGGAAUCCACAAUGUUUCAUCACCUGAUACCUCCAUGCUAGCACAGACCAGACCGCCCACCCAAAAUCUAGGAAUAUAGCCUUGUCACUUUUGAACAGACAUUACCCAGACCUCUCGCUUGAUUGAAAGUCUCCGGGCCCGUUUUUCCCUCAUUUGAUUGGAUGUCCAGGACAAGGAAUGUUUUUGUUGUCUGUACAUUAUGCACACUUGUGAAGGCUAUUAAUAAGUAGACAAUCAGAAAUGUACUCC